AUGUCCUCGCAACCCAUCAGCUCGACGCGGCUCAAGCAGAUCGCUCAGGAUGCUUGCCAGAGCGCAAUCGGCAGCGCUGACUUCUACGAGCACGCCAAGGUGCAGGAAUGGAACUCCAGCAUCAUCAACUCGAUUCUCAAGGCCCUCAUUUCCGAGUCGACGCCGUCUGGCAGUAACAGCGCCCAGGGGCCUGCGCACAAGUUUGUCGUCAACGCGACCAUUGUCCAGCAUUUGGUCCCCUCGUCGGCCUUGAACAAGCCCAAGGGCGGCUCCGACAUCAAGACUGACGAUGCCCACAUCAGCACCAGCGAUGAUGCCGCUCCUACCAGCACCGACGGCAAGCCUCACGUUGGCCGCAGGGGCAUGCACUCUGCGACUCAGGCCUUCUGGAACGAGAAGACGGAUGGCAUGUGGAGCUUCAAGUACGACGGCGGUGAGGGCAAAGGAAUGGACGUCGUUGUAAGCGUCAUUUGGAUCGCUGUCUAG